AUGAGGGAAUACCAAGUCAAUAUGGCUGCGAGUAUUUGCCGUUGCGGCGCGGAAUUACUCACCAGAAGAGGCAUCCGAAUGCUAUCUACCUCGACAGUGGCUACACAGAGCAGAUCAGGAAGCCCAACAGACACCCAAAAGCGACCAAACAAGAUAUCGCAAGAGAAACAGGACAAACCCAAGUCGCUAUUUGUCCCUAGAACAUCUUUCGACCCAGUUCAAGUUUCAACUUCAAACUUUACACAUUUCCACAAAGAGUUCCUCAAGAAGGGCAUGUCCAUGCAUCCUCAUCUCACUCUGGAGUUGAGAGACGCUAGGGCACCACUGAGCACAGGAAACGUGCUCCUUUCCAACUCGUUUUCGUCAGCAAUUGGAUCAAACAGACUCUAUCUGUAUUCCAAGAGUGACGCCUCCCUUCUGGAUGAUGAGACUCUCAAACAAUGGCACCCUCAGGGCAAUUAUCUCCAGAUUGAUUGCCGAUCUAGACAAGCAGCAGUCAAAAUCAUGAAGUACGCAGCCACAGUGUUCCAGAAAAUCGACCCUCCACCGCCAGUGGGGUUCAAUAUGUUGAUUUGUGGCAUGCCUAAUGUGGGAAAGAGUACUCUGGUGAACACUAUGAGACGGUUGGUGGUAGAAAAGACAAAUGAUUGGAAGAUGCAGGGGAAGAAGCGAUCUGUGGCCCCCGUUGGACAGCAGGCGGGCGUCACCAGAGCUCUGUCUAACCGAAUCAAGGUAUGCGACAGCCCUAACAUCUUUGUGUUUGAUUCCCCAGGUCUGUUCAUGCCAAGUAUUGCCAACAGUGAGACUAUGAUCAAGCUCGCCCUUCUCAAGUGCAUCAAGGAGAGUCUUGUUGAUCCUAUCGUUCAGGCUGACUACCUCUUGUACGCACUCAACAGAGAUGAUCCCAAGAGUUACCGUGAUCUGUGUCCUCCCACCAACGAUAUCAACGAUAUUCUUGUUGCACUGCGGCGCAAGUGGCGGUCAACUCCUAACCAGGACGCUGGAACUGCUCUGCGGUGGAUCAACGAGUGGGUCAGCGGAAAAAAAGGUAAGGUCAUGCUCGACGCAGCUACUCCUGAGGCGUUUGACACGUACAAUCAGAAGGAAAGUGAACGAAUGCGAGCGUGGAUGGUCAAGUUCCAACAACGAGGCAAGGAGAAGGGUGGAAACCGAGCCAGUAAAAUCUUCCGCGCAUAA